CCACCUUCCUCCUCUCCUGUCCGCUUUCAUCUUCACAGCCGGCCAAGCGCCCUCGUGGUUGGACCGUUUCGCACGUGGAGCCUGCCGCCGGCGUCGCGUGACCUGGCUGGCUAGGAGGGCGCAGGCGCAGUUUUGACUAGCCAUUCUAGGGAGCCGGAGUGGCGACCGGGUCGCUCGGAGAGGGCCAGCCCGGUGGGGAGGCAGGCAUGGCCGGGGCCGCGCAGGAGAAGAGUACGCUGCUCCAUCUCUUCGCUGGAGGCUGUGGCGGGACGGUUGGUGCCAUCUUCACGUGCCCCUUAGAAGUCAUCAAGACGAGGCUCCAGUCUUCGAAACUGUCCUUCCGCACACUCUACUACCCUCAAGUCCAUCUGGGCACAAUCAGUGGUGAAGGGGUCGUCCGGCAGACGUCCGUCUCUCCGGGCCUCAUCCGGCUUCUGAAAUCCAUUUUGGAAAAGGAGGGGCCACGGUCGCUGUUCCGCGGGCUGGGACCAAACCUGGUUGGAGUUGCACCAUCGAGGGCGGUCUACUUCGCAUGCUACUCAAAGGCCAAGGAGCAGUUCAAUAACAUCUUUGUGCCUAACAGCAACAUCGUCCAUGUCUGCUCAGCGGGCUCUGCAGCGUUUAUCACGAAUUCACUGAUGAACCCCAUAUGGAUGGUAAAAACCAGGAUGCAGCUGGAAAGGAGAGUCAGAGGUUCGAAGCAAAUGAACACUUUACAGUGCGCCCAGUAUGUUUACCGGAUGGAAGGGGUUCGUGGCUUCUACAGAGGCCUGACCGCCUCCUACGCUGGCAUCUCUGAGACCGUUAUCUGCUUUGCGAUCUACGAAAGCCUGAAGAAGCACAUGAGCGACCUCCGGUUGGCCCCUUCUCCCGCAGGCGGGACGGAGCGGAACUCCACAAACUUCUUUGGACUGAUGAUUGCCGCUGCCAUUUCUAAGGGCUGCGCGUCCUGCAUCGCUUAUCCACAUGAGGUUGUACGGACAAGGCUUCGGGAGGAAGGCACCAAGUACAAGACAUUUGUUCAGACAGCCCGGCUGGUAUUUCAGGAGGAAGGCUACCUGGCCUUUUACCGAGGACUCUUUGCCCAGCUCAUGAGGCAGAUCCCAAACACGGCGAUCGUCUUGUCCACCUAUGAGUUAAUAGUGUACCUGUUAGAAGACCAGUUUAAGUAGCAGACCAAGACUUGAAUUAAAAAAAACACACUUAAGACAAAAAGGAAAAAACCUGGUAAUUCCACAGGCCAGUUUUUUCAUGAAGAGCCAUUUCAAACAAUGACACAGGACUGGAAAGAGAGCUGGGAAAUGAUGGAACAUUUUGCUUGACAUGUGCUCUUUUUUUAAAGGUUUUAUUUUCUG